AUGCGGUGGAGCACUUUCUGCGUCGCUAUCGCUUCUCUCGUUCCAUACGCGUUGGUCCCUAUUUAUGGAUUUACUCCACCUCCUCAUCUUCAGGGACCGGAGCUCACCGUCUCCGCAGACUAUCCUGGUCAAGGCCCGUUGCCUUCACUGGAAGUCAUACAGAGACUGAAUGCUACCAAUGGUACAUUCUUGCCGCUGGAUGAAGUCCAAGGAGACAUAUUGAUCGGCAUGAAGAAGCCCAAGCAGCUUUUCUUCUUCUACAACAUCAUAGAUCCAAAGAAGUUCAAGCAGGUUCUCGCCAAAUUGAUAUACCCACAUAUCACCACGACUUCUCAGCUUAUCUGUACUACUUGCCCACAACCAAAAGCGUUGCUUAACGUUGCAUGGACUUCCAAAGGUCUUAACAAGCUGAAUGUUUUCGAUAACAACCUGGACCCCUUCUUCAACAUGGGCCAAGUUCCCGAUGCUAAUGCCCUUGGCGACAACAACCCUCCACAGAACUGGGUACCUGGCCUAUAUAUGGACAAAACGGACGGGGUCUUCCUCAUUGCCUCCAAAGAUUGGGCACCUAUCGACUCCUUACUCGCGCAGAUUCUAUCUUGGCUCGGUAGUUCGAUUGUGGAGGUCCACAGACUCAAGGGCGCGCAUCGAACGGGCGCGUGGGAAGGCCACGAGCACUUUGGUUUCCUCGACGGCAUUUCUCAGCCUGCUGUCGCGGGGUUUGCUACUAGCAUCUUCCCGGGACAGUCGCUCAUUCUGCCUGGUACUAUUCUGACUGGUGAGAUUGGCGACCCCCUCGAGUUCUCUCGUCCUAGUUGGAUGAAGUGGGGCUCUUUCUUGGCGUUCCGACAGCUCCAGCAAUUCGUCCCCGAGUUUGAUAAUUACCUUCUUCAUGAGGCAUCGGCUAUUCCAGAUAGUUCUAGGACAGUCCAAGAGCGCGCAGAUCUUCUUGGUGCCCGUAUGAUUGGCCGUUGGAAGAGUGGGACCCCUACUGACCUCGCCCCUGAUUUCGACAUACCCUCCAUCGGUCCCGACUUCAAUCUUAAUAAUAACUUCGACUUCAACCACCCAGCCCCAUUCAAUCUAGCCGCUGAUCAAUCGUUCUGCCCCUUCUCAGCACACAUUCGCAAAAUUCGUCCCCGGGCGGAUGAAGGUAACAACAACUUCGCCAACCAAAUCAUGCGCGCGGGUAUCCCUUAUGGUGAUGAUGUCACUGAUGUAGAAUGGGAACAUAAUGCAACUAAAUACGAACGUGGACUUGCAUUCGUGUCCUACCAGAGCGACAUAGGCUCUGGAUACCGCUUCCAACAGGUUGCUUGGGCUAAUGACGUAAACUUUGUCGGCGGCAAAAUUGACCCCACCCCCGGAUUUGAUCCCAUCUUUGGCCAGAACGGCGCAGGUCCAAUCUUCUCCUCUGGAAUCGACUAUACUGACCCCAACCACGAUCUCACCUUCAUGAGCUUCGUACUCUCCCGAGGAGGAGAAUAUCUCUACAGUCCCUCUAUGUCUGCCAUCCUGAACCCGAUCGCUGCGUAG